AAAAUAUUUAAUCAAUAGCCAACAAAAUGGCUAACUAAAAAAUUGAUCAGUUAUAAUAAUUAUUAUAAACGAUGCUUCUCGUCAACCAAUACAAUAGACAAUACGACAACAUGAACCACAUAUCCCCAAUGAAACUGACAAGGAGUGCAUCAGACCAGAAUGUAUUCUUCACUUAUGUAUGCCUGAUCAAUGAAGUGAAACCAUCAUUAAGUGGAAAUAAUAAUGACAUGAACUCAAUGGACCGAAGACAAGGGAGAUCGUUACAUGUUAUGAACUCUGACGAAUUUGUUCAAGAAAAUCCAAUAAAAGUAGAGAGAACGAAAGCACACUAUGAACUAAUUACAACCAAUCCACACAAAACUAUUUCUGAACUUGAAAUAGAGCGAAAAUGUGAAAGUGGUUAUUGUGACGAUGACAGCGAUCUUUCUGACAGUGAAGAAUAUAACCAAUACGUAAACCCAAAAAAACUGAAAUUGACAAAAAUGAAAUGGUUAUCUGAAGGAAGGGAAGGGUCAAUAGAUUCCAGUUCACAAUCAUUGACAACAAGCGGUUCAGCUAAUUCAAUUUGUAGCCGAGAAUCUGAUGACAGCAUACAUCAUCGUUUUAGUUUCGGAGAAAAGUGCUUAUCAACAAUACUUAAGCUAGACAGAGAACACAAUAUGUUCGGGCUAUCAAAUAUAACGAUAGUUGGGAAAAACACAUCCAAAAAAAUACGCAAGGAAGAACCAGUGUUUCCUCAGACAGCUAUAAUACAAAUAUGUUGCGCAAAGGGCUGCUGCAAGAACAAGAGUAAUACUGAUCUACCUGCUUCUUUAAAGUGUGGCGGAUGUCGUAGUUGCUGUUAUGAUCCAUAUUGCCCGAUUUGUGUGGGACCAUGCGACUCGCCUUGUGACGAUCCUCCCUGUCCAUCACUUUGCAGUCAGUGUCCAAGAGGGAAAUGCAGUUGUAAGUCAUUAUGUCAUCCUUCGAAAUGUAGACUCGAUUGCAAUAACUAUUAUGGCUUGAAGGUAUCAUUUAAAAGGAAACCUAAAUUUGAACCAUCCCCUCUGGAGUUAACGCCUCGAUCUAGUUGCAUUUUACAAAAGCCAAUGGCCGCUAGGUCUUGUCACCAUUUUCCGCAAUGUCUUCCUCCCUCUUCCUGCUUCCCUUAUUUGAUGCCGUGCUACUGGCCAGCGCGAGCUGGAGCCCCUUGUAACCACCCAUCGCGAUGUUUCCAUAAUCCACCCUGUAGAGCUCCAAGAAAAAGAAAGUAUCCAAUUCCGCCUGAAGAACGAUGUCCUACCACUGGUAAAUGUCUCGAUGAAUCGAAGAAUACUAAAUGUGAAAAUCAAUUUUGUCUCGGGAAUAAUCCAUCUACGAAAACGGCAAUUGAAAGUAGAUUUGGAGAAAAGAAAUGAAAAUAUAAUGGUUAAAACACCAGAAGACCACCGCUCUUGUUCGUGUAUAGGGACAAUUGAAAUAGUUUCCUCGAAAACAAUUUAUAAUAAUAAAAAGACAAAAAAACAGUUACUCAAGAAAAAAAAUAAAAUAUCUCAAUGCGAAUGUGACUCACCUACUUGCUCAAACUGUUUCGUUAGGAAGCCUGAGGUUAAAACUUCCAAAACAGACGAAACUUUACUGUCAGACGUGAACGAUGUGUGUCAAAUUUCUAACAGCAGACAUUGAAAUUACUUUUAUCAAGAGAAGCGUGAGGUAACCUCAGCAACAUACAUAUUUUUUUGACAUUGAAUGAUUUUUCUUACUAAAGUAAUGGAUUAAAC